AGCCAGACCCAGAGGGAAGGAGGAUAAUCUGAACUUUUUCCGCACAAAGCUUCAAAAUUUCUUGCAGGUGUUCUCUCUCUCUCUCUCUCUCUCUCUCUCUAAAUGACACUUCAAGUCUACCCAGCAACAACCACCUUCAUAGACUCCCUCCACAGCUCAGUCUCCAAGCUCCAUGUCACCUCACGCCUGCGGUUCUUCAGGUACAGUUCCUCCGCUCCUUCCAAUAAUCAAAACCUAACAUCACACUCAAACCCACAUGGAUACCCACUAGGAAAGUCCAAUUCUUUGAGAAAAACCAAGGGUACAAGAUGGGUUUUUUAUGCAUAUUCAUCUGCUAGUAGUAGUUGGUUAGAUAAAUGGAAUGAAACCCAGAAAGAAAAUAAGCCCAAACCGCCUCAACCGGUACUGAGUUAUCGAAAUAGUGGCAAUGCUUCAAAUUUAGGUCCUGUAAGGAUUACUUGUAGCGCGGUGAGUGGCGGUGGUGGUGGAAGUACAAUGGAGAAGAUUGUGGAGAAAUUGAAGAAAUUUGGGUAUGUAGAUGAUGUGAAAGAGAGGAAUGAGGAGGGGGCGCGGAGAGUAAUCGAGAAAGGGUCUGUUGAGGACAUAUUUUAUGUUGAGGAAGGUAUGUUGCCGAAUGCGCGAGGUGGGUUUUCAGAAGAACCGCCAUUUGGGGAAGAAAACUUGUUUGGAAGCAAUAAUAAAGGGGCGGUGAGGUUUCCUUGGGAGGAUGUGAUGGAAGAGGAAAAGGAGAAGAAGGAUUCAGUGAGGCUUAAGAGUAGGACUUCGUUAGCUGAAUUGACUAUUCCGGAGACAGAGCUCAGGAGGCUGAAGAACUUAGCUCUUCGCACCAAGAACAAGACAAAGAUUGGCAGUGGUGGCGUCACUCAAGCAGUGGUGGAUUUGAUUCAUGAGAAGUGGACGUCAACUGAGAUUGUGAGAUUGAAAAUUGAGGGUGCGCCUGCACUUAAUAUGAAGCGGAUGCAUGAGAUAUUGGAGAGAAAAACUGGUGGCUUGGUGAUUUGGAGGUCUGGCACUUCUAUUUCUUUGUACAGAGGUGUGAGUUAUUUGGCUCCUUCAGUGAGAUCAAACAAAAAAACAUGGAACAGAAAUGAUAUUUCACGUAAUUCCUUAACAACUAUUGAUAACAAUAUAGACUAUUCAGAAUCCAGUCCUAUUUGUGAUGUCCAUGCUCCUCGAGGAGACUCGGGGAGCACUCUUGAGGAGAAAAAAAGCACAGAAUUAUCAACGGAAGUGGAAUAUGAAGAUGAAGUUGACAAGCUGUUAGAAAGUUUGGGGCCUAGAUACACUGAUUGGCCAGGAGAUGAUCCACUCCCCGUCGAUGCAGAUUUACUCCCUGGAAUUGUUCCUGGUUAUGAACCUCCCUUCAGAAUUCUUCCUUAUGGGGUGAGAUCUACACUCUCAGUAAAGGAUGCUACAUCUUUAAGAAGGCUUGCCAGAGUUCUCCCUCCGCACUUUGCUUUAGGUAGAAGCAGGCAACACCAAGGAUUGGCGUCUGCCAUGAUCAAGUUAUGGGAAAGAAGUAAGAUUGCAAAGGUUGCCCUUAAACGUGGUGUACAGCUAACUACAAGCGAGAGAAUGGCUGAAGAAAUUAAGAAACUGACAGGCGGUAUCCUUCUCUCCAGAAACAAGGAUUUCUUAGUGUUUUAUAGGGGAAAGAAUUUUUUGUCACGGGAGGUGGCAGAAGCAUUACUUGAAAAAGAGAGAUUGGCAAAGACCCUUCAAGAUGAAGAGGAGCAAGCACGGUUAAGAGCUACAGCCAUGGUGAUACCAAAGGUUGAAAUAAAUGAUGAAUUUCAAACUGCCGGUUCACUUGAGGAAACAUUGGAUGCCAGUGCUCGGUGGGGAAAAACAAUGGACAAUCGCGACAAGGUAAAAGUGAUGAGAGAAGCAGAGAUGUUAAAGCAUGCCAACCUUGUUAGAAAGCUUGAGAGCAAGCUUGCUUUUGCUGAGAGGAAGCUCAUGAAAGCCGAACGGGCCUUACAAAAGGCAGAGAAGUCUUUAGCACCAUCAGAUCGCGCAGCGGACCCAGAUAGCAUAACUGAUGAGGAGAGGUAUAUGUUUCGCAAGCUUGGUUUGAGGAUGAAAGCCUACUUGCUUCUUGGUAGGCGUGGAGUGUUUGAUGGAACAGUGGAGAACAUGCACUUGCAUUGGAAGUACCGAGAAUUGGUUAAGAUCAUUGUAAAUGCCAAGAGCUUUGACCAGGUAAAAAAUGUUGCACUGUCACUGGAAUCUGAGAGUGGUGGUGUUUUGGUAUCAGUCGACAAAAUAUCCAAAGGGUAUGCCGUAAUUGUGUUUCGGGGAAAGGACUAUCAGCGACCUGCUUUUCUAAGGCCAAAGAAUCUUUUGACCAAGCGGAAGGCUUUGGCACGUUCAAUUGAGAUCCAAAGGCGUGAGGCUCUCCUUAAUCAUAUUUCAACUCUGGAAACAAGAGUGGGGAAUCUAAGAUCUGAAAUUGACCAAAUUGGUAUUGUAAGGGACUCUGGAGACAAGGAGCUUUAUGACAAACUAGAUUCUACUUAUUUGACAGAAGACGAGGACAAUGAGGAGGAAGGGGACGAGGACGAGGACAAGACAUAUCUUGAGACGUACGACACGGAUAGUGAUGGUGAAGAUGAAAAUGAGCACUCGAUUCACAAUCACCACUUGGAAACAAAUUUUCCCUACGAUUUCCAAGAUCAAGAGUCAGAAGAACGUGAGGAUCAUGAUCCGUACGCAGCUGCCGUCAAUGAGUCACAAUAAACUAGUUGAUGAAAUGGAGGAAUUCAUGCGAUUCGAAUGUGAGGAUCAUGAUCUUCGGGACUGCACAUAUCUGGCUAAUUAAAAGAAGAGGUGGAAUUCAUGCGAUUCUUGAAAAGCAAACAGCGAGAAUGGCUUCAUUCGAUAAGGAUUUGGGUUGGCCAAAGGUACAGACAGAUGCAUCAUGGAAUAAUCGAUCCGUGUAUCGGCUUCUCAAUCUUCAGUCCAUGUUAUUUUUUCCGGUAAAUAGUCCAUUGUAGUUGUCGAUCAUAACUUAUACAUAGUUAAUAUAAGAAAAAAUCACUUUUGUGCUUUA